AAAUGGACAAUGGCGGCCAUGUUUCUGUGUUUCGUGUACACUGGAGAAUUAGUUAUUUUAUAUUUUAUUGCUUAAAAUGGCAUAUACGUGAUUUUUACGAAGUUCGUUGAUGCCAAACUCGAGCGCGGAUUGGGACAGAUGUAACACGUGAUUUGAAAGGAAUUUGUAUGCAUAUACCUCAUUGUUCAUUCUGCUGAAGACGCCAUGAUGGACCGCCAGUGCCAGCCAAGAUGAGCCACUCGGGCAAGAUUAGUGUUGCAAGCAUUGGCAAGUUGCAGAGCCCACUGUUUGGGGCACUUGGCGCAAACAAGAACAACAGUAGCAGUUAUGGAACAACUACUCGGCCAGACGGCACUUAUGACGCCGAUAUUGGCUUCAAACGAAAACUACCAGACAAGAACAAUGACUCUUCAUCAGCUUCAGGCUCCUAUGCAAGCGGAUCUGGCUCGGACUCGGACUCCGAUAGCUCUGACUCCAAAUCUAGCAAGUCCAAGAAAUCAUCAGAAGUGGAAAAGAACAAAUCGGAUUCGGAUCAGAAGUUGGACAGCGAUGAGAGCAGGUCUGAAAAGUCGAGUGGGUCGGGGAAAGAUUCUAGCAGUCGGUCAUCGAGCGAUGACAAGGAUAACGAUGUGAACCAUCACUCGUCGUCAAAAGCUCCUCACCUGUACGACACAGACUCCCAAGAAACACAGGAUUCCUUCAAACCCAAACAUGGCCGGUCCAAACAGCUCAAAGAGGAAUUUGAAUCAAAAGGGAAAAAGAAAUUUCUUUGGGAUCAGCAACCUGACUUGUAUGGGAUACGCAGAUCAGCACGAGCUAGGAAAGAACCAACGAGAUACAAUGCAGGAGAGGAAGAGGGUAGUGACAGUGAUGGGAAACCAAAACGUAGGUCUCGGAAGAAAGACUCUACUGAUUGGGAUGGCAGUGCAAGUUCCAGUGGAUCGGAAGACAAUUACAAACCAGCGUAUUCAAAAGUGGCACCAAGAUCGAGAAGUACACGUCAGACUAAGAAACCGAACCGAGGAGGACGGAGACCUGCGGCUAAGUUAAAAGGAAGACGUAGAAAUCUCUCGUCAUCAUCAUCGGAGUCCGAUUCUGAAGACGAACGUCGAUAUGUUGCCAAACGAUCAAGUGCCAGGAAGACUGUCAGUUACAAGGAGGAGACUGAGGAUGGGACGGACUCUGAUGACAUUGUGGAGGUGAGCCAGGACAAAGUGGAGGAAGUUGAAGACAACAGAAACGCCAUAGAGAAGGUUCUCGACACCCGCACUGCCAGGAAGGGAGAAACAGGUAACAAGACCACAGUGUACAAUGUCGUUGGUCCUGCAGAUCGCAGUGUGACGUUGAACGGCCAGUCAGCACAAACGAACGGGCAGGACGCGGAGGGGGAGAAGCCCGAGAUGGAGACACAGUACCUCAUCAAGUGGAAGAACUGGGCGCACAUCCACAACACAUGGGAGUCCGACGAGAGUAUCGGCGCCGAGAAGGUCAACGGCAUGAAGAAGCUGGACAACUUCAAGAAGAAAAUGGCAGAAAUCAAUGAAUGGAAGGAUAAUGCGUCACCUGAAGACCUAGAGUACUUUGAGUGUCAGGAAGAAAUGGUCAUGGAUUUGUACAAACAGUAUCGAAAUGUUGAACGGAUUAUCGCUCAUUCUGACCAGAAAAUGUCAAACGAAAACAAUGGCUACCCAGAUUACCUCUGCAAAUGGAGUGGUCUCCCCUACUCAGACUGUACAUGGGAAGAUGGCGAGUUGAUAUCACGUUCUUACCAAUCAUACAUUGAUGAGUAUUUAGCUCGCAACAAAUCACAGAGGAUUCCUACAAAACUUUGUAAAGUAUUAAAAGUCCGUCCAAAAUUUACUCCACUGAAAAAUCAACCGCUCUAUUUAGGUGGAAGCGAUCACCUGGAAUUGCGAGAUUACCAGUUGGAAGGUCUUAACUGGAUGAUUAAUGCAUGGACCAAAGAAAAUUGUGUGAUUCUGGCUGAUGAGAUGGGCCUGGGGAAGACGAUCCAGAUCAUCUCCUUCCUGUCGGUAAUGAUGAAUCAGUACCAGCUUUAUGGACCCUUCCUCAUGGUCGUCCCACUCUCCACCGUCGUUGCCUGGCAACGAGAGUUCAGCAUCUGGGCCCCCGAGAUAAAUGUUGUCAUUUACAUGGGAGAUAUCACCAGCAGAAAUUUGAUACGUGACUAUGAAUGGUGCCACCCUGGAAACAAGAGGUUAAAGUUCAAUGUGCUGUUGACGACAUAUGAACUGUUGUUGAAAGAUAAGUCUUUUCUAGGCAGUGUAAACUGGGCAUUUCUAGGUGUUGACGAAGCUCAUCGGCUUAAGAACGAUGACUCUAUGCUGUACAAGAUCUUGUUUGAUUUCCACACCAACCAUCGUAUCCUGAUCACGGGCACACCACUACAGAACUCGCUCAAGGAGCUGUGGUCGCUGCUUCACUUCAUCAUGCCUGAGAAGUUUAACAAGUGGGCCGACUUUGAAAUUCGACAUUCCAAAGCUGAUAAAACUGGUUUUGCAGCCCUGCACAAAGAAUUGGAGCCAUUUUUGAUACGAAGAAUAAAGAAGGAUGUGGAGAAAUCUCUUCCGUCAAAGGUUGAACAAAUUCUUCGUGUUGAAAUGAGUACAAUACAGAAGCAGUAUUACAGGUGGAUUUUAACAAAGAACUACAAAGCGCUGAGCAAGGGUUUGAAGGGAAAUGUGAGCAGUUUUGUGAAUAUUAUCAUGGAGCUGAAGAAAUGCUGCAACCAUGCCCAACUGACCCGACCACCCGAGGAGGAGCCAAAAGAUUAUAUACAGGGUCUAAUUAAAGGCAGUGGUAAACUGAUUCUUCUCGAUAAACUGCUCCGACGUCUCCAAGACACGGGGCAUCGAGUCCUCAUCUUCUCCCAGAUGGUGCGCAUGUUAGACAUUCUCGCAGAGUAUCUGUCAGCCAGGCAUAUACACUUUCAGAGAUUAGAUGGGUCUAUACGAGGAGAGCUGCGUAAACAGGCUUUAGAUCACUUCAAUGCAGAAAAUUCUCAGGAUUUUUGUUUUCUGUUAUCUACAAGAGCUGGUGGGCUGGGUGUGAACCUGGCUACAGCGGACACUGUGAUCAUAUUUGACAGUGACUGGAAUCCACAGAACGACAUCCAGGCUCAGGCCAGAGCCCACCGGAUAGGACAGAAGAAACAGGUUAGUGUGUACCGGUUAAUCACAAAGAACAGCGUAGAAGAAGAAAUAGUUGAACGUGCCAAAAAGAAAAUGGUGCUUGACCAUCUGGUCAUUCAGCGCAUGGACACGACGGGUCGUACUGUGCUAGACCGAGGAAAUGUUCCAUCCAGUAAUUCCACUCCAUUCAAUAAAGAAGAACUUGCUUCAAUUCUCAAGUUUGGUGCUGCCGAUCUUUUCAAAGAAACUGAUGACGAUGAAGAAGAGCCACAGGUCGACAUCGAUGAUAUAUUGAACCGAGCAGAAACCCACGAGACUGAGGCGACGACGGCCGGUGAUGAGUUGUUGUCACAGUUCAAGGUCGUCAGUUUUGAUAAUCUGGAGGAAGAUGACAUUGAAACACCCAAGUCUGACCCUAGUCCAGGAGGCCAGGUUUGGGACAACAUCAUCCCCGAAGAUAUUCGUAGGAAAGUUGACGAGGAGGAAAGACAGCAACAAUUACUUGAGCUGCAUCUGCCGCCGCGUAGUCGCAAGACGAUCCAACAGCUUCAGCUGGACUAUGACUCUGAGUCUCAGAGGAAGAAGAAAAAGAAGAAACAUGACGCCGAUGACUCUGAAGUGAGUGAUGAGGACACCGAUGAUGGAAAACCCAAGCGCCGCGGUCGACCGCGUGCGGGUAAAGAUGCCAUCAAAGGUUUCACAGAUGCAGAGAUACGCAGAUUUGUCAGGUCCUACAAGAAAUUUGGUGCACCCCUGUCCAGACUAGACUCGAUAGCAUGUGAUUCCGAGCUGCAGGAGAAGUCUGAGGCAGACUUGCAGCGUCUGGGGAAUCUCCUACACCAGCAGUGUGUGGACAGCGUCAUCGAGCACAAAGCUAAGAUGGCCGAAGACCCCAGUGCUGAUGGAAAGAAGUAUAAUCGUGGUCCGUCCUUCAAACUGGCGGGAGUUGUGGUAAAUGUCAAUUCCGUUCUCAAGGCAGAGCACGAUUUGCAGCCAUUGGCCGACACCAUCCCUGCCAACAAGGAGGAGAGAAAGAAAUUCCAACUAACGUGCAGAUUGAAGGCCGUCCACUGGGAUUGUCCCUGGGAGGUAGAGGAUGACUCCAAUCUGCUGAAAGGAGUGUACGAGUACGGGAUGGGAAGCUGGGAGGCUAUCAAGAUGGAUCCCGAGUUGGAACUUCAUGAAAAGAUUCUUCCUCAUGGGAUGCACAAGCCUCAGUGUAAACACCUGCAGACGCGAGUGGAGUAUGUUCUGAAAGCUCUGCGGCAAACUGAAACCAAAAAUGAACCUAAGCCUAGGAAAGAAAGGAAGGAGAGAAAAUCCAAGCCAAAAGAAAGUGCUAAGUUUAAAUCGAAAGCGGAGAUUGAGGAAGACGACUCUAGUUCGGACGAUGAACAUUCUAAGAAUGACAAUAAGAACAGUGUCGUGGACGGUGGUAAAAGACAUUCGAAAGAUUCGGACAACGAUGUAAGAAAGAAUGACCAUGAUCAUAACGACAGUGGUGAGAGUGAUCCGCACAGAGCGAGAGAUGAGAAAAAACGGGACAAGAAACAAGACAAGAAGAAAGACAAGAAGAACAAAGACCAAGCUGGUCCUAUGCACUUCACCGCCUCGUCCGAACCCAUCUCCAUCUCCCAGGAGAGCGAAGACGCAGAGCUCACGCCAGAAAUAUUUGCUCAGUGUAAAGACGAGAUGCGCCCGGUGAAGCGAGCAUUGAAUCAGCUGGAUCACCCAGAGGACGGCCUCACGGAGAAGGAACAGAUCAUGCACAUGCGGCGCUGUCUGCUCAAGGUUGGUGAUCACAUCCACGAAUACCUCGGCAAGAUGACCGAUCCAGAUCUCAUUAAGAAGUGGAGGAAUUUCUUGUGGAUGUUUGUGGCACGGUUUACUGAACUGGACCACAUCAAACUGCACAAACUGUACAAACACGCUGUCAAAAAAAGAGGUGAUGUGGAAGAACGAUCUCAGGGCCAUACAGAACAUUCUCGUGAUUCGCAGGUGUCAAAACGUUCGCACGGUAAAUCUGAACGAUUGCACAAAGAUCAACCUCCUUCCAAGAAACACCAGUCUGACCACGACAAGGACCACAACCGCUCAAGAGAUGGCUCAGCCUCUAAUGGUCCCAAACAUCACUCGAGUUCUCACCCUUCAGCUCAUUCCUCGUUACACCGGACACCGGUUGGGGCUGUGAAAGAAGCGGCCAAGAUGGAUUCCUGUUCCAGUCCCGGUGACAUGUGGACACACGUCAGUCCACUGGCUAGAGCAGAGGAACCGCAGAGAGACCGACAUUAUAACCAAGGCAGCUCCAAGCCGUUCAAGCGGUAUUCAAACGACUCCAGACACGGCAAUUCUUCACAACACAAAUCACAUACAGACUCCUAUCACAGGUUUAAUAAUGACCGGCAUGCGGGCGGCCAGCCCUAUGCUGGGAGUGGAUCGUAUGGGCGUGGCGGUGAUGAACGGCAUUCCAGCUACUACUCUGACUCUCACCGCAGCAGUCACAACUACCCCGAGUACGGCCACCACUACAGGGAUGAGAGUCGUGACAGCCGCGACAACCGCUACUCCAGUGGUGGGCGGCCUGGGGACGACUUUCCUAGAAAACGAAAAUCCGAGGACAGUAUGGCACGUCCAUCAGGAUCGCACAAAGACCCUCGCCUGCAGCAUUCUCGCCAGUCUUCCUUCUCCAGAGACCAUGAGCCAGACAACCCGCCCCAUGUAUGAAGGUUGUGUGCUAGAACUUAAUGCUUGACAUGAGACAAGUUCAUUCAGGUUGCACCAUGGUCCAAGUCACCUGGAAACCUUGAUGGCAGUUGUCGAGCACUUUUGUCUCGUGGGGCUCUAGGUCCAUGGAAACCGUGACAACAGUCGAAUGCUUCUGUGUCGUGGUCCAGGUCCAUGGAAACCAAUAGGGAAGUUGAGGAGCUCUUGGUUUGCUCGUGUUGUUAGUGACAAGCUGAGGCUGGUGUUCAAGUCAUAAUACAAAUUUCCACAGCGUGAGAUCUUUGGAGACGUAUUCUAGAAAAUCCAUUCCUACUGUGAUUAACAGGCCACUGUCUCUGUGGCGUGUCGCACACGUCGCUUAGAAAGGCUGUUUCAUGAAGUUGUACCAAGAAUGUGUGUAGGCUGCGUUACGAAGUUUACCAGGAACAUGUGUAGGCUGCAUUACAAAUUUGCACCAGGAAUGUAUGUGCCGGUGUGUCUCGCGAGUGAAGAAAGAUUAAGAACAGAUAACUACUGUGUGGUUUUUGGUGCAGAUGCUCUGACUAAAUGGACAAACCUUGCUGGUUUGCACAAGAGAACGUCUUUAACAGGAAAAGACCUGACAAUAUCCACACGGAGCCCCAUUAAUGAUUCAUCAUGAAAUCAUUCACAUGUCUUUCAGGGAUCGCCAUUUCACAUAUCUGUGGGUGAAAGCAGAUUUAUGCAAUACAUUUACCAGGCCAGUUGACUGGUUUCGAAAAUUUAAUGCAGUUUAGAAUGAUUUUUUCUGAAUUUUUCUUCUUUUUAAAAAAUUGCACAGGUUUGCGAACAUUUUUGAAAUUUAAAGUGAAAAUUGUUAGUGAUGAAUUUAUUUUGAGUUUUAUUCUUCGCAAGUUGAUAAACUUGUACUUGAUGUGUUGAAUGUCUUGAAGUUGGGCUUUUAAAAAGUUACGGUUUUUAUUGCAAAACUUGUUAAUAAUGACAAAAUUUUCACUUAUAAUGUAUUGCGCUCAAGUUUGAGCACUUUACAAGUCAAGGGUUUUCUUCCACAAGUAGGUCUUAUGUUUAAAACAUUUAAAACAGAAAUAUAUUCUAAUGUGUUGUAAUGUUAACUGAAAAAAGGACUGUUUUGUUGGAAGUAAAAAAAAAAAAGUAAUUGCUUAGAUGUACUGCUUUGUAAUUUGUUGGUUGUGGUAGUCUGUAUUAUGCCCAUGCUUGCCAGCACUGUUUAGAAUAAUUUCCUCAAUGAACCCUUGACUUGUGGAAAUGCAGCAGAGAAUAAACAUGUUUGUGGGUAGGCAUAUUUUUUAGCCUUCAGAACAUAAAAUAACUUCCCAUCGAAAAGUGUAAUUUAAUGAAAUUCUCUUAUUCAGAAGUUGAUUUGAUCUAACCCUAUGAAUAAUAAGAGAAACACUUGUAUUAAUGUGGUUUCAUGAACUAGUCAUCAUCUACUUAAUCUUGUGUGAUUUCUCGUUUCUGUGUUCCAAGUGUGAAUGUGUGAGAGUCCUAACAUGAGUGAGAGUUGUCAUUCAGUAAAGGGACGGACCGUAGUUUUUAAACACUAAGGCAUAUUUUUCACUAUUAGAGCCAUUUAUGAUCACUGAAAUCAAACAUUACUUAUUUUUUAUUGUUUAGAUUAUCCAUUUCCAUACAACUGAAGUAUUUCUGGUCAUUCUGAUGUUUCUAAUAUCACAAAUGCAUUUUUCUUAUUUUUAAAAACACAGAUGCAUCUGAGAAGUAACUGUUGUGGAGUAACAUUUUCGUCUAUUUUUAGGGUAUUUCAAUGUCCUGGGCUGUUGUUUCACUGUGUUGUAUCCAAAUUUGUUACAGAUUUGUAAAUUAACCAAAGUUAGUGUUCAUUUUUACAAAUAGAAACUAACCUUAGUAUUUAAAAACUAGUGUUUGUCCCUUAAGUGGGAUGAGGAAGUCUGCAAGCAGAUUUUCAAAUGGGACAAGAUGAUCUUUAUGUAAUGAUCGUAUAAUUUUCUACAAAACUAGAACUUUGACAAACUUUGUGGACUAUUUAGAGUUGUCACAACUAAUGGUGUUUUCAUUUUGGUCUCUGUUGAACAGACUGCACUUCACUAGUUGUGAUAACAUUUUACAUUUCUAUACUGCUAAAGAUUUAAUUGAAAUCUUAUUAUAUAUUAAAAUGAAACUGUUGGCUAUUGUUAAUUUCCAUUUGUCACCCUGACCUGUAGUAUGAUGAUAGAGGCUUUGUUUUCAACUUUUUAAAAUCUGUUAAAUAUUCAUUGAACUAAAAUCUUAAAAAGUACUCUUUUUAAAAAACAACAACAAAGAAUGGAGAAUUAUAUCAAUAGAGUAUUGAUGUAUAAUAUUGGUUUGUGAUAAAAUUGAGGGCAGUUAGUAUUUUAUAACUCUGAAGCUAGUUGAUAACAUUGUAUUACUAGGAUUAAAAAUGAGGCAGUUAAAGCUAUAACCAAACACUGUGGACUAGAAAUGUCAAAAUAAAACGGAGCACACUGCAAAAAUUAACUUAUCUGUUAAGUAGCAUGCUCUACCUGGGUACAUUUAGCUUUCAUCUUGUUGUUUUUCUUUCUGGGCCAGGAUCUAUGAUCUUAUGAAUUCAAACUCCUUUAUACUUUUAGAUUUAAUGGUGUAAAGCAGAAAUUGAAGUGUGGUUAUAAUUGUAAUUGAACAUGUUCAGUGGGCGCGUGAUCAAUAAAAUUGAGACACUGGGAUUUAUUAUUAAAAAAAAGAAUAUUUUAUUUCUUAUUAUAUGAUCAGUUGUGGAUAUCACAUUUUAGUCGGUGGUACUGUUUGUUAAUAUAUUGGUCAGCUGAUUAUCCUUACAUCUGAAGUUAUGCAGGCUAGCUUUAUUUUUCUACAUUUUGUGGUGAUAUUAGCACAAAUUGUUCAUGUUUAAUGAAUUUAAUUUUUUUUAACAAAACGUUGAAAAAUGGUAAAAUGUAAUAAUAGUUGUGUCGGAUGGUAUUUUUCGUUGAUGUCCCAUUUAUUUAUUGUUUAUUUAUUUUUGGCUAUUGGUCUUCUACAUUGUGCCAAAGAUGUGUGGCCAACCUGUUAAUCUUUUCCAAAAUCUUUGUUUAGGUGAACAGUUAGUUUAUAUAGUCAUAAUUAAGCUUUGUGGUAUGUGCUGGCCUGCCUAUGAGACUGUAUAGUAUCCCCUAUGUAAUGACCUGUUUAUAAGAGGCAUUCAGUUGCUAGUCAAACUGUUCUGGGCUUUCAAAUAUCCAGAGAGAAAUCAACAAAAUGACUGGUAAAAACAGAACAGUCCCACGCAAUUGUUAUUUUAUAUUGGCUAAAACAUUUUGUAGUUCGCUAACAAUAAUUAGGUAAUUUAGCUUGUUUUUAAUCAUUAACUAAAAACUGAACUGAAUUUAGCAUUUAAUUGCACCUUUGCCAUCUUUUUGAUUUGUUUUAAGACCUUUUUGUAUUCCCACCCCUAAUUUUUUUAAACCCUAUAUUUCCAGAUUGUCAUUUUAAGUAAUUGUGCUAUUAAGGUCUCUUUUUAUUUAACUACAAUAAAAGACAAUAUGAACAUAAACAUACUGCCAAAAAUAGUAUACAGUAAAAAUUAAAAAGAAGAAAAGAAGUUAUUCAGUGAAUGGAAAUUAAAAUAAUGGGUUAAAAUAAAAUAAAAAUAAAAAUCCCAGAUGAUACUGAAAAAUAGUUUUGGUGCUUUUAUCAACUUCCAUUUAAUAGUUUCUGGAAUAGCAGUAUUUAUUUUAUUUUUUUACCAAACUCUUUGUACAGAGAUAUAUUUUACAUUUGAUCAUGGCUUUGUUUGAACUUGUGUGACAAGACUUUCAACUCCAUUUAGAAACAGAAAUAUUGGGCCAAUUUACAAAGGCUGUUUUUGACAUGCAUGUGUGUAUCUACAUACAUUAACAAUGCUUAAAUAACUGCGUUUAAGAAAAACAGACUGCAUAAAUUUGGUCCAUUAUGUUUUCAGUCAUCAUCAUUCUUCAUUUUUAUCAUUUUCCGUUUCAUCUUUGUGUUAGCCUUCCAUUUGUGUUUGAAACAUUGAGAUUGUUGCAUUUCAUAGCAUUUUCACAAGGAUAAGAUCUGUUUUGUGCACUUCAGUUGGUUGAUUACGAGGUAUUUCAAGUGUUAAACAUUUUCUACUGUAAAAGUGCUGCAAUGUAGUCAGUUUGAUCAGAAAAUUUAUAUCCAAACACCUGUUUUAAUCGGUCAAACAAAAUAUAGCAAAACUGAGGCUUGUUAAAAAUUAUAUCCUUUGGUUUCUUUACAAUUAACUUUUUACCUAUUUAAUAAAAAACUUCACUGUUAAUUUGUGUUUGAUGAGAGGGAGCUUAAACACUUCUUACCUGUUAAAAUUUUAACACUGGUUCGUCACAUUAUUGCUCUUCUCUCCUCAAAGUGAUUGCAGACGAUUUUUUUUCCCCCACUGUAUGCCUAUAUCCAGCUAGGAUUAAGUUUCAUUCCAGAACAGAUCAUUCCCUGUCAAAGUGCAAUGCUAUUUCAACUCCAACUUGCCGUUUUAAAUGUAUGUAUCGGAUCGAUAAAUAAAAUACACAUGUAUUUAUUUUUAGACAUACUACUUGUGUUCAUGAAAGCUAUAGUUUCCUGUUGGGGUAACUGACCAUGUAUUCAGGUGCAUGUGCAGGAAAUAAUGAAGGGUAGUCUAACUCCAAAACUUACAAUAUAGUUUCGGCUUACACUUUGCAUUGGUCCUGAAUGGGGAUCGGCAUUUUAGACCCAGGGCUGACCUCGUUACUCGAUAAUAAUAACAUUUUCUACUACUUCUUUUUUUUGUAACCCACUUUCAUCUCAGAAUAAGGGGGACUUGUUGAAAA